AUGAGCGCCAGCGAUUGCGACGCCCCCAAGCCCAAGGGGCGCAGGGCAGCAGCGGCGGCGGCGCUCGCCGCCAACGCCUCGUUAGAAGCCCCUCCGAUACCCCGCACCGCCACCAACUCUUCCGCCGUCUCCAGCUGCUCCGCUGCUUCCGCCGCCUCCGCUCCCCCGGGCGCGCUGAAAGGGGUUCCGCCCGUGGGGGGAUCGCGGGGGCACAGCAGGAGCCGCUCGCACGGGUCCGGGCGGCUGCUGUCGCGCCUGGCGCACCAGCCUGGCGCAGAGCUCCCCGCAGACGCGGGCGCUGGCGCUGCUGCUGCUGCGCCCUCUAGCGCUGCCUCUGGUGCUGUGGAGGGGGAGAAGAGCGGCGGGGGAGGCAGGCAUGCGGAGGGACUGCCCAUGCUGCCCCCGCCUGACGCACCUCAGAUCGUGAAGGUCCGAUUCGGAUUGGAACCGCGCCCCUUCUCUGCCAGCUCCUGUCAGAGCUGCAACAAGUCGCUGGCAGUGCCGCCCAACCUGCCGCCGUCCGCCAAGGGCUAUCAGCGCCUGCGCUGCGGCAAGUGCCUGCAAAUCUCGAAAUACGCCCUCUACUCCCCCGCCACCGCCGCCUCUGCUGCUGGUGCUGCUGCUGACCUAGAAAGAAUGCAGAAGGGGGAACAGGAGGAGCGGGAGGGGAAGGAGGGGGAGGAAAUCAGGGCGGAGUGUUAUGGGGCGGGAGGGGGAGAGGCGGGUGAGAGAAGUGGAGGGAAAGGGGAGGAAGGUCAGGAGGGACCCGGGGAACUAGCACUCGCUAAGGGCGGCAAGGUUGGCGGGGGGAAAGACGGCAAGGCAGGGGGGAAGCACCAGCGGCGAGCGACAGUGGACUCGGCAGAAGUGCUGGGGGCGUGGGAGAGGGAGGCUGGGCAGGCCAGUGCUGCCGGCAGCAGCAGUGGUGGGCACAGUGGUGGGGGCGCGGGCGCGGGUGUGGGUGCGGGAGCGGGUGCAGGUGCAGGUGGGGGCAGUGCGAUGCCCCUUCGCCCCAGCACGAGCAGUGGCGCGAGUCAGCUGGCGGUGGCGUCUGGGUUUGGGCCCUGGGAUGCUGCCACUGCCAUGCACGCUGCUGCUGCCGCCGCUGCUGCCACUGCUGGUGCUUCCGCUGCCCCACCUACUUCGAGCUUACCCCCGUUGGCUGCACAUCAGCUGGUGGGCAGCAGUCCCCCUGGCCCAGCUGGCAUGUUCCCUCCGGGCGGAGUCGCCGAUUUCCUAAGGCAGCAGCAGCUCGCAUGGCAGCAGCACAUGGGAGCGGAUAUGAUGCUGCAGGCGCAACCCAUGGCGGCAGCAGGCAUGCUUCCCCCCAUGGCCCCACAACAGUUUUCACUGCCCAUGCAGCAACCUGGCAUGCAGCAACCUGGCAUGCCGCAACCUGGCAUGCAGCAACCUGGCAUGCCGCAACCUGGCAUGCCGCAACUUGGCAUGCAGCAGCAUUUUCCCCCUAACCCUGUGACCACUCCCGCAAUGCCGUAUGGCCUGGUGGGGCCGGGCAUGCCAGGCAUGCCACUGCCGCCAGGGGCCAUGGGGCAAGGGGCCAUGGGGCAAGGGGGCAUGGGGCAAGGGGCCAUGGGGCAAGGGGGCAUGGGCACAGGAAUAAACGGCAUGAACAUGGGCAUGGACAUGGGAAUGGGCAUGGGCACAGGCAUGGAGAUGGGGAUGGGAAUGGGGGGGGCCAUGGGGGGACACAUGGGGGGACCGGGAAUGAUGGGGCCGCUGGGCGAGGAGGGGGGCUACAGCCGGCGAGUGGUGGUGAACAGUGUGCCCAUCACCGACCCGGCUGUAGCGCGUGCAGAGGAGCUCGCUGGACCCAUCCACCCCGGGAGCUACUGGUACGAUGUGCAUGCUGGCUUCUGGGGAGUGAUGGGAGGGCCGUGCCUUGGGAUCAUCCCGGCGGGUAUCUGGGACCUAGCACUAGCUCCUCUACUGCGGCACUGCUCCAACGGGCACACACGAGUGCUGGUGAAUGGCAGGGAGCUGCAGCGGCGGGACCUGCACAUUCUCAUGCAGAGGGGCCUGCUCGACCACCCUGGCGCCGCCUACCUGCUGGAUAUUCACGGCAACCUUGCUGACGCCACCAAUGGGGAGCCGCUGCCCUGCCUCGGCAAACUUGCUCCCUCGUGA